AGGGCGGGACCCGAGCGUGACAGCGCGGCCGGCGGACCCGGCUGGCUGGUGGGGAAACGAAACUGAGGGAGGAGGCGGCGGCUCUGGCAGCGGCAGGGCCAGGCCUGGUGGCGGCGGCGGCAACGGCGGCCUGACCCCCGCCUCUCCGCUCCCAGGCAGCUCACUCUCUCCCCUCAGCUGGCUCUGACAAGGGCAGCUGACGAUCUGGAUUUAUGGUUGCAGUAACAAUGAGGAGGAGAAAUGAUCCAGAAUGCACUGCCCCUAUCAAGAAACAGAAGAAAAGAGUUGCAGAGCUUGCCCUGAACCUGAGCUCUACGUCUGAUGACGAACCUCCCUCUUCUGUCAAUCAUGGAGCAAAAGCAUCUGCCACAAGCCUAAGUGGGUCUGACAGUGAGACUGAGGGAAAGCAACACAGCUCUGACUCUUUCGACGAUGCGUUCAAAGCAGACUCCCUUGUGGAAGGAACUUCUUCUCGCUAUUCCAUGUAUAAUAGUGUCUCCCAGAAGCUUAUGGCCAAGAUGGGCUUCAAGGAAGGCGAAGGAUUGGGGAAAUACAGCCAGGGUCGGAAGGACAUCGUUGAAGCCUCUAAUCAGAAAGGUCGAAGAGGCUUGGGUCUGACACUGCAAGGCUUUGAUCAAGAGCUAAAUGUAGACUGGCGAGAUGAGCCAGAGCCCAGUGCCUGUGAACAGGUAUCAUGGUUUCCAGAAUGUACCACCGAAAUUCCUGACACUCAGGAAAUGAGCGAUUGGAUGGUUAUGGGAAAGAGAAAGAUGGUUAUUGAAGACGAGACAGAGUUUUGUGGGGAAGAGCUGCUUCACAGUGUGUUGCAGUGUAAGAGUGUGUUUGAUGUCCUGGAUGGAGAGGAGAUGCGGCGAGCUCGGACCCGGGCCAAUCCCUACGAGAUGAUCCGAGGAGUGUUCUUCCUAAACAGGGCAGCAAUGAAGAUGGCUAACAUGGAUUUUGUGUUUGAUCACAUGUUUACAAAUCCACGGGACUCUUGUGGGAAACCACUGGUAAAGGACCGGGAAGCUGAGCUUCUCUACUUUGCUGACGUCUGCGCAGGCCCAGGCGGUUUCUCGGAGUACGUGCUGUGGAGGAAGAAGUGGCACGCAAAGGGCUUUGGAAUGACUCUGAAGGGCCCAAAUGACUUCAAACUGGAGGACUUCUACUCGGCGUCCAGUGAGCUCUUCGAACCCUAUUAUGGUGAGGGUGGGAUCGAUGGAGAUGGAGAUAUUACCCGCCCAGAGAACAUCACUGCUUUUCGGAAUUUUGUCUUAGAUAACACAGAUCGCAAGGGCGUCCACUUUCUGAUGGCUGAUGGGGGGUUCUCAGUGGAGGGGCAGGAGAACCUGCAAGAGAUCCUCAGCAAGCAGCUGCUGCUCUGUCAGUUCCUCAUGGCCCUGUCCGUGGUCCGAACAGGAGGCCACUUCAUCUGUAAAACCUUUGAUCUUUUCACACCGUUCAGUGUGGGGCUCAUCUACCUGCUGUACUGCUGCUUUGAACGAGUUUGUCUCUUUAAGCCAAUUACCAGCCGUCCUGCCAACUCAGAGAGGUAUGUCGUGUGCAAGGGCCUGAAGGUGGGCAUCGAUGACGUGCGGGAUUACCUCUUCUCAGUCAAUAUUAAACUCAAUCAGCUGCAGAACACCGAUUCUGAUGUCAACCUUGUGGUCCCCUUGGAGGUGAUCAAGGGAGACCACGAAUUUACUGACUACAUGAUACGGUCCAAUGAGAGCCACUGCAGUCUGCAGAUCAAAGCUCUGGCCAAAAUCCAUGCCUUUGUUCAAGACACGACCCUGAGUGAGCCUCGGCAGGCAGAGAUCCGGAAAGAGUGCCUUCGACUUUGGGGGAUCCCAGACCAGGCUCGAGUUGCUCCUUCUUCCUCAGACCCCAAAUCUAAGUUCUUUGAGCUAAUCCAGGGCACUGAGAUUGACAUCUUCAGCUAUAAGCCCACGCUGCUCACCUCCAAAACCCUGGAGAAGAUCCGCCCAGUGCUGGACUACCGCUGCAUGGUGUCUGGCAGUGAGCAGAAGUUCCUCAUCGGCCUGGGGAAGUCUCAGAUUUACACGUGGGAUGGCCGCCAGUCAGAUCGCUGGGUCAAGCUGGACCUGAAGACGGAGCUACCCCGGGAUACUCUGCUGUCUGUGGAGAUCGUCCAUGAGCUGAAAGGGGAGGGGAAGGCCCAGCGGAAGAUUAGUGCCAUCCACAUCCUUGACGUCCUCGUGCUGAACGGCAGCGACGUGCGGGAGCAGCACUUUAACCAGCGCAUUCAGCUUGCUGAGAAAUUUGUGAAAGCGGUUUCCAAGCCCAGUCGACCUGACAUGAAUCCCAUCAGGGUGAAGGAGGUAUACAGGCUGGAGGAGAUGGAGAAGAUUUUUGUCAGGUUAGAAAUGAAGAUCAUCAAGGGCUCCAGUGGCACUCCGAAGCUCAGCUACACAGGGCGGGAUGACCGGCACUUUGUGCCCACCGGCCUCUACAUCGUCAGGACGGUGAAUGAGCCGUGGACUAUGGGAUUCAGCAAAAGCUUCAAGAGGAAGUUCUUCUACAAUAAGAAAACCAAGAUCUCUACCUUUGACCUCCCUGCAGACUCCAUUGCCCCAUUUCACAUCUGUUACUAUGGCAGGCUCUUCUGGGAGUGGGGGGAUGGCAUCCGUGUGCAUGACUCCCAGAAGCCCCAGGACCCAGACAAGCUGUCCAAGGAAGAUGUCCUCUCGUUCAUCCAGACACACAGCGCCUGAGGGUGUGGGGGGGCCCACCCCUGUUGAAUGACCUGUUGUUCUUUGAGUCAGGGCACUCUGCCUGGGGCUCACAGUACCGGUUUUUUCCCCUUCUAGGAAAGGGCCUGGGGAGCACAGUCACUGCAGCCUGGCCAUAAGGGGUGGGAGGUGGUGGUGGUCUCUCCAUUCUCCCUGAAGAACUCCGUUAGGGACCUUCAGCGGACGCUCAUGUUUCUUCUGGGACACCUUUCAGACUUCCCUUCCCAGAGACCUGCCUGGGAACAGUCUUCCCUGCCAGGGCUCAGCCUGAAGGAUGCUGCUCCUACAGCGGGUUUGAGGUUAGGGCCCAGGGAAAGUGCGGCCAGUGGAGGACGUGUCAGAGGACAGCAGGGUCUUGGCUCUGCCAUUCUCUCUUGUAUCCUGUAGACUCACUUUUCUGAGUUCCAUGCACUGCCCUGAGGGUGGCCACGCUCCUGCUCUGCCCAACUUUUUAUUGGGCCGACCCUGAGUGGGUGUAGGCCAGGGGCAGCUCCUGUACAAAUCAAGGUUUUGUUUCUUUGAACUUGCUCUGUUUUGAUGCCAACCUGGAGAAGAUUUUGUCUCCUCUUUGACCCCUGUCCUGGUCUUCCCUGGAGUUCCUCCCAGCCGGACCUCUGACAGUCCCGCAGGCCGGGAAAGGGAGGCAUGUGGGCCACACAUCCCUGACACUGCAUCAUGACACAGGUAGUGUCUUGGUAGUGGGUGUGACUGCCUCCUGGGGUUGUAGAGCUUUCCUGGACCCCAUCCCCUCUUGGUCUGAACCUUGGGCAGCUCUAAAAGAGGAAGCAGCCUUGAAGACCUGCCUUUUUCUAUGCCCCAGAGAAGGGGCCCCCUGGCAACACGGGGUACCUCUGGGGUGGGGUCACACCUGACCCUUUGGCAAUCAUGGCACCCCUAUUUGCCACAGCCACUUUGCUAACCCUUCCCUUCCCCAAUAGGAAGUACAGUCACUUUUGUUUGUCCUUUUGUGGUCACUCCGUUUCCUGUCUUGGCAGGGGGGGAAGAGGGGAAGCUGGGCAGUAGCUUUGGGUGGGGGAGGGCACCUGUGGUUUUUAAUGGGAAAUACCUCUCAGAGAUGCUCCUAUGGGCUCCCUAGAGCCCCAUCCCAGUGCUAGGGUGGUUUCCAUGGAGAUAGGGCACUGAGACUCUCCAUGAGGUUGGAACGGACUCUACCUCGGGGGUUGGAGGGGGGGGUGUCUCCAGCCAGCAUCCAGCCCCUCCCUGCCCCCAGGUUGGCGGCAGCACCGCUGAGAAAGCUGUAUUUCCACCCAGUUCUGGGUAUAUCAGUGUGUCUUGCAGAAUCUUGGAUCAUUAAAGAUAAACAUAUUUUUAA